UCAGUACCGCGGGCCGACUUCCACGCUGCUGGCGGGGCGUGUGGAACAUUUUUCUGGCCUCCUGUGUCAAUUUAGCCGCCAAAAUCUCAAAUUAGGCCCUAUUUUCACUUUUUGCUCUAAUUUGCUUUUACGCAGGAAACAAUACGACAUUUCUUUGGGUUAUUUUAACAAAUAAAAUCUAAUUUUUAUCCGUUUUCCCCGACUCUUAGCUGCAUCCAUUCAUUGUGUGGCGAAGGUUCACGUGGAGACCUGAAGUAACCAUCUGUGUGAAGCUGCUAAAGGAGAUCGAUAGCUAGCAUCAGCAAGCAGAGAAACAAACAUGGCAACAACGGCAACUUUGGUUCUGCAGGACGGAGAGAGGUUUAGCGGCCGACUUUUUGGUUCCCCUGUGUCGGUGUCGGGAGAAGUUGUGUUCCAGACUGGCAUGGUGGGAUACCCAGAGGCUCUCACUGAUCCGUCUUAUCACGGCCAGCUGCUGACUCUCACCUACCCUCUGGUUGGGAACUAUGGAGUACCUAAGGAUGAAGAGGGAGACUUUGGACUCAGCAAAUGGUUUGAGUCGUCUAAGAUCCACGCCUCAGCUCUGAUUAUCGGAGAGCUAUCAGAGAAUCCCAGUCACUGGAGUUCAGUCAGGUCACUGGACCAGUGGCUCAAAGAGCAAGGCAUUCCAGGAAUACAAGGUGUGGACACUCGCUGUUUAACCAAAAAGAUCCGGGAGAAGGGCACCAUGUUGGGGAAGCUGGUUGUAGAUGGGACCUCCGAGGACAGCAUUCCUUUUGAUAACCCGGAUCAGAGGAACCUGGUCCAGGAGGUGUCCAUGAAGGAGCCAAAGAUUUUCAACCCUGCUGGUAGUUUACGGAUCACGGUGGUUGACUGCGGCAUUAAGUAUAAUCAGAUCCGCUGCUUUGCUGAACGAGGAGCCUGCGUUACGGUUGUACCAUGGGACCAUCCGUUAGACAGCAACGACUUUGAUGGGUUGUUCAUCAGUAAUGGUCCCGGAGAUCCCCAGUUCUGCCAGGCCACCAUCAGCAACGUGAGGAAGGUGGUCUGUGUCGAUCAACCGAAACCUGUUUUUGGGAUCUGCCUAGGACAUCAGCUGCUGUCACUGGUGAUAGGAGCGAAAACGUACAAGAUGAAGUACGGUAACCGAGGUCACAACCAGCCAUGCAUCCACAACGGAACAGCUCGCUGCUUCAUCACCAGCCAGAACCACGGCUUCGCCGUCGACCCCGACACCCUCCCACUCGACUGGGACGUGUUGUUCACCAACGCCAACGAUCACACCAGCGAGGGCAUCGUACACAACACCAAACCCCUUUUCAGCGUUCAGUUCCACCCGGAGCACAAGGCCGGACCCACAGAUUUGGUCAGCUUGUUUGAUGUUUUCCUCGACGCGGUGAGAGACCACAAAGACUGCAGCGCUGCGAAGUCUGUAAAGCAGCGUUUGAUGGACCACCUCACCUACCCGGGAUCUCCAAAGCCAGGGGAGGUCAUCAGACCCAAGAAAGUCCUCAUCCUGGGUUCUGGUGGACUCUCCAUCGGCCAAGCUGGAGAGUUUGACUACUCUGGUUCCCAGGCCAUUAAAGCUCUGAAGGAGGAGAAUAUCCAGACAGUGUUGAUCAACCCCAACAUCGCCACGGUCCAGACCUCCAAAGGUCUCGCGGACAAAGUCUACUUCCUGCCAAUAACAGCAGAAUAUGUCGCUCAGGUGAUAAAGAACGAGCGUCCGGACGGCGUUCUGCUCACCUUCGGGGGUCAGACUGCUCUGAAUUGUGGAGUGGAGCUGACCAAGAUGGGCGUCCUGGAGAAGUACGGAGUAAAAGUUCUGGGAACGCCGGUUUCGUCCAUUGAGAUGACUGAAGACAGGAAGAUCUUUGUGGAGAAAAUGGAGGAAAUCAACGAACACGUUGCUCCAAGUGAAGCGGCGCUGUCAGUGGAGCAGGCCGUAGCAGCUGCUGAGCGUCUGGGCUACCCUGUCCUGGUUCGGUCAGCGUUUGCUCUCGGUGGGCUCGGCUCCGGCUUCGCCAACAACCGAGAAGAGCUCAUCUCGCUGGUAACUUCGGCAUUCGCGCACACCUCUCAGGUCCUGGUGGACAAAUCCCUCAAAGGCUGGAAGGAGAUUGAGUACGAGGUGGUCCGGGAUGCCUAUGACAACUGUGUCACCGUUUGCAACAUGGAGAAUAUCGACCCUCUGGGCAUCCACACGGGGGAGUCCAUCGUGGUGGCGCCGAGUCAGACGCUAAACGACUAUGAGUACAACAUGCUGAGGAACACGGCCAUUAAAGUGAUCCGACACCUGGGCAUCGUGGGGGAGUGUAACAUCCAGUACGCUCUGAACCCCGAGUCUGAUCAGUAUUACAUCAUCGAGGUGAACGCCCGUCUGUCGCGGAGCUCUGCGCUGGCCAGCAAAGCUACCGGCUAUCCUCUGGCUUACGUCGCAGCUAAACUGGGUCUGGGGAUUCCGCUGCCUCAACUCAAAAAUUCUGUCACCAACUCAACAACGGCAAACUUCGAGCCCAGUUUGGAUUACUGUGUGGUGAAGGUUCCUCGCUGGGAUCUCAGCAAGUUCCUCAGAGUUUCCACCAAGAUCGGCAGCUCCAUGAAGAGCGUCGGAGAGGUGAUGGCCAUCGGUCGGAGCUUUGAGGAGGCCUUUCAGAAAGCUCUGAGGAUGGUGGACGAGAACUGUGUUGGCUUUGACCACACCAUCAAACCCGUUUCUGAAAAGGAGCUGCAGACUCCCACCGAUAAGCGCAUCUUUGUUUUGGCGUCUGCGUUCAGAGCCGGCUACACCGUGGAUCAGCUGUACGAGCUCACAAAGAUCGACCGCUGGUUCCUGCAUAAGAUGAAAAACAUCACGGACCACGAGCGGCUGCUGGAGACCUACAACCAGGACGAGACCGCCAUGCCUCCUGAGGUGAUGCGUAAGGCCAAGCAGCUGGGCUUCUCAGACAAGCAGAUCGCUCUGGCUGUGCAGAGCACCGAGUUGGUGGUCAGGAAGCUGCGUCAUGAUUGGUCCAUCCUGCCUGUUGUGAAGCAGAUUGACACCGUGGCGGCCGAGUGGCCCGCCCACACCAACUACCUCUACCUGACUUACCACGGCACCGAGAACGACCUGAGCUUCGACGAGCAGCACGUCAUGGUGAUCGGCUCGGGCGUGUACCGGAUCGGCAGCAGCGUGGAGUUCGACUGGUGCGCCGUCGGCUGCAUCACGGAGCUCAGGAAGAUGGGCUAUAAGACCAUUAUGGUGAACUACAACCCGGAGACGGUCAGCACAGACUACGACAUGUGCGACCGCCUCUACUUCGACGAGAUCUCCUUUGAGGUGGUGAUGGAUAUCUACGAGAGGGAAAACCCCGAGGGGGUGAUCCUCUCGAUGGGAGGCCAGCUGCCCAACAACAUCGCCAUGUCGCUGCACCGCCAGCAGUGUCGCAUCCUGGGAACGUCGCCGGAAUUCAUCGACAGCGCUGAGAACAGGUUCAAGUUCUCCAGAAUGCUGGACACCAUCGGCAUCAGCCAGCCUCAGUGGAAGGAGCUCUCUGACACAGAGUCUGCUGUGAAGUUCUGUGAGAUGGUGGGGUAUCCCUGCCUGGUUCGCCCCUCCUACGUUCUCAGCGGAGCGGCGAUGAACGUUGCCUAUGGCGACAGCGACCUAGAAAAAUACCUGAGUAGCGCAGUGGCUGUGUCCAAAGAACAUCCUGUGGUCAUUUCCAAGUUCAUACAAGAGGCCAAGGAGAUUGACGUAGACGUAGUCGCCUGUGACGGCGCAGUGAUAGCCAUUGCCAUUUCUGAACAUGUGGAGAACGCCGGCGUGCAUUCUGGUGACGCCACGCUGGUGACGCCGCCUCAGGACCUCAACCAGAAAACCAUCGAGAGCAUCAUGAUGAUAGUUCACGCCAUUGGCCAGGAGCUGCAGGUCACCGGACCCUUUAACCUGCAGCUGAUAGCCAAGGACGACCAGCUGAAGGUGAUCGAAUGCAACGUCCGAGUUUCCCGCUCCUUCCCUUUUGUAUCCAAGACUCUGGGAGUGGACCUUGUUGCCUUGGCAACGCGGGUCAUCAUGGGGGUAGAGGUGGAGUCGGUGGGUCUAAUGAGUGGGAAGGGGAUUGUGGGAGUGAAGGUGCCCCAGUUCUCCUUCUCUCGGCUGGCCGGAGCUGAUGUGGUGCUCGGGGUGGAGAUGACCAGCACCGGAGAGGUGGCCUGCUUUGGGGAGAACAGAUAUGAGGCUUACCUGAAGGCCAUGCUCUCCACCGGCUUCAAGAUCCCCAAGAGGAACAUCCUGCUCUCCAUCGGCAGCUAUAAGAACAAGAGCGAGCUGCUGCCGACCGUUCAGGCUCUGGAGUCUCUGGGAUACGACCUUUACGCCAGUAUGGGAACGGCUGACUUCUACACGGAACAUGGAGUCAAGGUGACGGCAGUAGAUUGGCCCUUUGAGGAGGACGACAGUGAUUCUCCCACCAAGGAGAGGCAGCGCAGCAUCAUGAACUACCUGGAGGAGAACCACUUCGACCUGGUCAUCAACCUCUCCAUGAGGAACAGCGGGGGUCGCAGGCUGUCCUCCUUCGUCACUAAAGGUUAUCGGACCAGACGGAUGGCCGUGGAUUACUCGGUCCCCCUCAUCAUCGACAUCAAGUGCACCAAGCUCUUUGUGCAGGCCCUUCAUCAGAUUGGCCGCGCUCCACCUGUGAAAACGCACAUCGACAGCAUGACGUCGCAGACGCUCGUCCGUCUACCUGGUCUGAUCGAUGUCCACGUUCACCUGCGGGAGCCCGGCGCCACCUAUAAGGAGGAUUUCUCUUCUGGGACCGCCGCCGCUCUGGCAGGAGGCGUGACUUUGGUGUGUGCGAUGCCCAACACGUCCCCUGCCAUCAUCGAUGCCAGCACUCUGGCGCAGGUUCAGAAGCUGGCCAAAGCGGGCUGCCGCUGUGACUACGCGCUGUAUGUGGGUGCCGCUUCAGACAACGCCGCCACCCUUCCAUCCAUCGCUGCCCAGACCGCAGGUCUGAAGAUGUACCUGAACGACACAUUCUCCACCCUCAAGAUGGACAACGUCUCUCUGUGGAUGGAGCACUUUGAGAAAUGGCCGAAGCAGAUGCCCAUCGUGGCUCAUGCUGAGAAGCAGACGGUGGCUGCCAUCCUGAUGGUGGCCCAGCUCUACCAGCGGCCGGUCCACAUAUGUCACGUGGCCAAGAAGGAGGAGAUCCUGAUCAUCCGAGCCGCUAAGCAGAAGGGGAUCCAGGUCACGUGUGAGGUGGCUCCCCAUCACCUGUUCCUGUGUGAGGAGAACAUAGCGGAGAUUGGCGAGGGGCAAGCUCAGGUUCGACCCAUGUUAGGAACUCGUGAGGACAUGGAGGCGCUCUGGGAGAACCUGGAUGUCAUCGACUGCUUUGCUACGGACCACGCUCCUCACUCUGUGGAGGAGAAGAACUCCGCGCGCCCCCCUCCUGGCUAUCCCGGCCUGGAGACGAUGCUGCCGCUGCUGCUGACUGCCGUCAGCGAAGGACGUCUGACGCUGGAUGACAUCAUCAGGCGUCUCUACGACAACCCACGCAGGAUUUUCAACCUACCUGUUCAGGAGAACACCUAUGUGGAGGUGGACUUGGAGCAGGAGUGGGUUAUUCCUCAGACCAUGCAGUUCACCAAGUCCAAGUGGACUCCUUUCCAGGGUCUGAAGGUGAAGGGAAAAGUCCGCCGCGUGGUUCUCAGAGGAGAGGUGGCGUACAUCGACAGCCAGGUUCUGGUGCCUCCUGGUUACGGCGAGGAUGUGAAGACCUGGUCUGCUGCUUCAGUUCAUGCAGCUGAACCCGUUAAAGAAACCCCGCUGUCUCCAGAGCGACUGCGUCCCACUCCUCCUCGUGAAGGACACAUCCGAACCCGACCUCCAAGUCCGCGUCGCUCGACUGGCGAGUCCCGUUUUCUGCUGCCGCCUCGUGUUCACCGCUCUUCUGAUCCCGGAUUGCCACCAGAUGUGACCAUGCUCCCACCACCCAGCGCCAGUGACUGCUACAGCCACCCUCCACCGUUAUCCAGGCUGCUCUCCCCGCUGUCAGAACCCAGACAGACGGCCCCGUCUCAAGUGUUGCACUUCCAGACGUCUCCUCUGCUGCACCCGCUGGUGGGCCAGCACAUCCUGACCGUCAGACAGUUCAGCAAAGAGCAGAUGUCGCACCUUUUCAACGUUGCUCACACUUUGCGUUUGAUGGUUCAGAAGGAGCGAAGUCUGGAAAUCCUGAAGGGCAAGGUGAUGGCGUCCAUGUUCUACGAGGUCAGCACUCGCACCAGCAGCUCCUUCGCAGCAGCCAUGCAGCGUCUCGGCGGUUCGGUCGUGCACUUCAGCGAGUCCACGUCAUCCACGCAGAAAGGAGAGUCUCUGGCUGACUCGGUUCAGACCAUGAGCUGCUACGCCGACGUCCUGGUGCUGCGACAUCCAACGCCGGGGGCUGUCGAGACUGCAUCGCGACAUUGCCGUAAGCCAGUGAUCAACGCAGGCGAUGGCGUUGGCGAACACCCGACUCAGGCCCUGCUGGACGUCUUCACCAUCAGGGAGGAGCUUGGGACGGUCAACGGCAUGACGAUUACGAUGGUCGGGGAUCUGAAACACGGCCGCACAGUUCACUCGCUGGCCAAGCUGCUGACCCAGUACCGCAUCACCCUCCGCUACGUGGCGCCCAGAAACCUGCACAUGCCCUCAGUGAUCAUCAACUACGUGGCCUCGCGGGGGAUCAAACAGGAGGAGUUUGAUAGUAUUGAAGAGGCUCUUCCUGAGACCGAUGUCCUUUACAUGACGAGAAUUCAGAAGGAGAGGUUUGGAUCUGAGGAGGAGUACAAAGCAUGUUUUGGUCAGUUCAUCCUCACUCCUCACAUCAUGACCGUGGCCAAAAAGAAGAUGGUGGUGAUGCAUCCUCUACCCAGAGUCAACGAAAUCAGUCCGGAGGUGGAUACAGACCCCAGAGCGGCGUAUUUCCGUCAGGCGGAGAACGGCAUGUACAUCAGAAUGGCCCUGCUGGCCACCGUACUGGGCAAAUAAAUCCAUAUGCUGCAAACAGUGAAGUUUUAUUAUACAGUUUUAGACUUUGUACCUUUUCCUCAUGGAUUUUCACAUUUCCAGAAACGAACUACAUUACAGGAACUCUGCACUGUGGAGUAAAUCUAUUAUGCUGCUGUAACGUGACUCAGCUGCUUUUGUGUUUGCAUCUUAAAUCACCAAAUCCCAUACAUAAGAGUCUCAUCCUGUAAGAAUCUUUUUUUUUUUUUUUUUUUUUUUUUUUUUUCAUUUGUUUGAGCUGUUUGACCAACUUUCAGUUUUUCUGUAUUACUGAGCCAGGUCAGGAUCCUUUAUUAUUAUUUUUUUGUUUUGUUUAAACAUUUUUCCAUGUCUUAAUGUCUAACCAGUUAGGAUGCUUAAGAGACAAUACACAGUAUGUUCUGCUCUUACCAAUACUCUGAAUCAAUUACAUCAGCUGUAAUAGACCAUUUUCAACUGUGUUGUUGGUUUUUAACCUGGAGCAAUAAUGGAUAUAGAAAGGGGCAAAUAUUCUCAGUGCUAAGUUUUUUUUAUUUAUUUUUAUUUUUUGCUGUAACUCAACAAUUUGUUAUACUGUAAUAUACUUUUAAAUGAAAAUGUGGAUCUACAUCAGUGAAGUGUUGCUGAAUAACAUGAAAUAAUAAAAUAAAGACAAUUUCCCCAUG